AUGAAAUCGAAUCAUAACCGGCUGGAUACAAAUUUAUCGAAACAAAUGUCACCGUUAACAAAUGAACAACCGCGACAACAUCAACAACAACAACAGCAGCUAUCUCAUAUGAUAAAUUCUUCCCAGACAAAAUCAUCAUCAUCACCGCCAUCUUUAGCGAAAAAAGAUGAAGAAAAACCUGCAUUCUUAGAAUUUUUAAGUAAACGCUAUUCAUCAGUUGACUGUGAAAAUUUUUCAGUAUGGCUGCAGCUACUGCGGCAUGCAAAUGCUUUGAAUCCUUCAUCAUUUUGUUCAAAUUCAAAUAAUUUUCAUAUUCCUAUUGGUUUACCAACUGGACAUAUAAAUAAUAAUAGUACAGUUACUUCUACACCUGGACACCAACGCUUAUCAUCACCGUCUUCUUUAUCCCCAACGACAUCUACAAAUGUCAGUACAGGAAAUGGAGUAAAUCCGUCUAAUCCAUGGAUGAAAGCAAAUGAAGGUAACCUUAAUUUAGAUAAAGAUACAAAAAAGAAGCACACACGUCCAACAUUUUCAGGACAACAAAUAUUUGCACUUGAGAAAACAUUUGAACAAACAAAAUACUUAGCUGGUCCUGAAAGAGCUCGUUUAGCCUACUUUCUAGGAAUGUCAGAAAGUCAAGUAAAAGUAUGGUUUCAGAAUAGACGAACAAAAUGGCGUAAAAAGAAUGCAGCUGAAAUGAUGUCUAACAGACCUAAUUUAUUCACCGAACGUUCAGCAUCAAAUUUAAGUAGUAGUAAUAACAAAAAUAAUGCGAAUAUACGAGGCGGUGAUUAUGAAAAUACUGAUGCUGGCAGUGAUAGUAUGAGCGGUGAUGAAUGCUUUUCAUCAGAUGAUGUCAACAUAAUGGCACCAGAAUCAAGCAGUAUACAACAACUGGAAGAAAAUUGUCAUUUAGAGAUAUCUAACGAUAAACGGACAAGGCAUCAUUCCAAUUCACUGAAUGUCAACGACAACAGCAGCAACAGAAAUGCUAUUGGAGUUAACUCUAUGGCAUUUGAACAAAUCCCUAUGGCGAUAGAUUAUACAGAUAACCAGAGGACAACAGCUUCAAGUGACUUGGCUAAAGAUGAUAUUGUUUCACACAAACAACAUCAAAUAGAUGACAUAAAUUUAUCACAUUUCUUACCCGAUUCACUGACACAGCAUAACUGGUUGCUAAAAAGCCAACAAUCCAAUCCAGUCAAUAUGUCGUCAAUAGCAGUGACUACUGUUCAACAGAUGAGUACAAAUCACUCCACAUUCCUUCAAGCAUAUGGGAUGAAAGCUUUCGAUACAUACCAUAAUGAUAAAUCAAGUGAAAUAUCAUGCAUGGAAACAACAAUGCAUAGCAGUAAUGCUAACAAGAGAAAGCAUUCUUAUCAUAGUAACGGUUUAUCCUCCCCUUCACAUUCAGUUAAAGAAUUCAUUCCCGCCAGUGGUGUUAACGAUACAUCCGCUUCACUCCUCUAUCCUACAAGUAAUUCAGACAUUCAAACUGUAAACGAUAGUAUAAAGUAUUCGCUUACCGUAAAUCUUCAAAACCACUUGAUCACAUCUAUGAACAAUUUAAAUAAAACUUCUAGUGUUGUAAACAAUUAUGAAAAUUUAUCACCCUCUAAAGAUUUAUCGCCUAAAAGAUAUCAAAGUUUUUCAAUAGCAAAUUCUCAGUAA